AUGUAUCCUCGCGCAGGAUUAGGAGGCAUAGGGUCCGGAUCUGAUAGAGGAUUACCAAGAGUUUGUGAUGCGCCAGUACCAGAAGGGCAGAAAAAAGAUUGCGGGUUGGACCCUUACCUCAUCAUCCAUUCCAAAUCCACAUUCGCAGAUCAACAAACUCUAAAACUGCAAGAGGCUCCUGAUAUGGUUCCAGUUGGAGAGCUUCCAAGGCACAUGCUUCUCUCUGUCGACAGACAUUUGUGCGGUCAGGUUGUCCCUGGAUCAAGAAUCGUUGCUACAGGCAUCUACUCUACAUUCCAAAACAAGAACAAAAGAGAUGGCCCCUCUGCACUUCAAAAGCCUUACCUCAGGGUGGUCCACCUUGAGUUUGACUCCCCUACUGCUGGAGGUGGGGGUUCAAACCCAUUCGGUGUGCAAUUCACUCCUGAGGAGGAAGAAGAAUUCAACGAGAUGGCUCGGAGCGACGGUUUCUAUGAACGUUUUGCGCGAAGUGUAGGCCCCAGUAUCUAUGGGAGUCUUGAUAUCAAGAAAGCGGUUGCAUGUCUCUUAUUUGGUGGCUCUAAAAAGGUUUUACCGGAUGGAAUGAGGUUACGAGGGGAUAUCAACGUUUUACUUUUAGGUGAUCCUGGUACCGCCAAAUCUCAACUCCUCAAAUUUGUGGAGAAGGUUGCUCCGAUUGCCGUUUAUACCUCAGGCAAAGGUUCGAGCGCUGCUGGUCUGACCGCGUCGGUUCAGCGGGAUUCUGUUUCGAGGGAGUUCUAUCUGGAAGGUGGAGCAAUGGUUCUUGCCGAUACGGGGGUGGUAUGUAUCGAUGAGUUCGAUAAGAUGCGGGACGAGGAUCGUGUAGCCAUACAUGAAGCCAUGGAGCAGCAAACUAUCUCCAUCGCUAAAGCUGGGAUCACGACGGUUCUAAAUUCUCGAACCAGCGUGCUUGCUGCGGCUAAUCCCGUAUUCGGGCGAUAUGAUGAAGGGCGGAGUCCAGGAGAAAAUAUAGAUUUUCAAACGACCAUUCUGUCUCGAUUCGACAUGAUUUUUAUCGUCAAAGAUGAGCACAACGAGGCUCGUGACAGGUCCAUCGCAAAACAUGUCAUGAAUAUACACAUGAAUCGACCGACUGAAAACGCAGAAUCAUAUGUUGAAGGGGAGUUGAGUUUGGAGAAAAUGAAGCGUUACAUCGCUUAUUGCAAAGCGAAAUGCGCUCCACGGUUAUCCCCCGAUGCACAGGAGAUGCUCAGUAGUCAUUUUGUCAGUUUACGGCAGCAGGUACAACAAGUUGAAAGAGACAAUGAUGAGCGCAGCUCUAUACCCAUAACCGUCCGACAACUGGAGGCCAUCAUUAGAAUUUCUGAAUCUCUGGCGAAGAUGACUCUUUCCCCAGUCGUCCAGAAUCACCAUGUAGAGGAGGCCAUACGUCUAUUCAAAUUUUCUACGAUGGAUGCAGUUUCCGCAGGCUCUGCUGACGGUCUAUCCCGUGGUGAGCUUAGUGAAGAGAUGACACGUAUAGAAAAGGAACUGCGAAGACGUUUGCCUAUUGGCUGGAGUACAAGUUACCAAAGCCUUGUGAAAGAGUUUGUCACAACUCAAGGAUUUUCAAAUCAUGCCCUGGAAAGAACGCUAUUCAUUUUGGAGAAGAGGGAAGUCAUAAGGUUUUCUGGCCAGAAAAAGGUCGUCCAUCGUGUUGGAGUUUAG